UUCAAAAAAACUGCGAAGAGACCAAAGCCUCCAUUGCCUUUAGCUUCUUCUCCCCCAACCUCCACCUCCUCCUCACCCUCUUCGAUCCCUCAAAUCUCACAAAGAUUUCACCUUUCCUUAUCUCUUCUCCUUCCGGAUUCCGACCUGUCUUAAUCUCUGCGUUUCCGACGCAAAUUUGGCCUCUUGGGCAUGAUCCCUCGACUUGCUCCAUUGUUUUUUGCCUCCUGGUUUGCGCUGCUUCCUGAAAUUGGACGAGUCCAUGAACUCGCCCUGUUCUGGAGCUCUUGAUCCAAUCCCUCCCAAUUCCUGGAGCUCGAGCUGGGAGAUUCGGCUCUGAGCCUCGAGGCGUGGUGGUCUCGGUCCGGGAUUGCACACCCUGCCGUGGGAUUUUGCUAUCGGUGACCUAAUUCGGUGGGCAUUCUGGAUUGGUGAUGGAGCAAGAGAAGCAGCCGCCGCCGCCGCCGAACCAUCAGCCCAAGCCGGUUGUUCCAGCCGCUGCGGGCGGGAUGAAGGCGCCGGUGGUGGCGCCGCAGCAGCAGAAGCCAGCGGCUCCGGUGCCGAGGCCGUGGCCCGUGGCCUUCACCCCGAUGAAGCCUGCUGCUGAAGUAAAGAAUGUUACCCCAAAGAAAAGGAAGCACUGUAACUGUAAGAAUUCACGAUGUUUGAAGCUGUAUUGUGAGUGUUUUGCAGCACGUGUAAGUUGCGAUGGUUGUAAUUGUUCAAAUUGUGGAAACAACAGUGAGAACGAAAAAAUCAGGAAGGGAGCUAUUGAAGCGACUCUCCUCCGUAACCCACUUGCUUUUCAGCCUAAAAUUGAAAAUGGCCCAAGUACAGUCAAUGUUCGAAAGGAUAAUUCUGGAGCAGUACCUCUUCGACCAAAGCACAAUAAAGGCUGUCAUUGCAAGAAGUCAGGAUGCUUAAAGAAGUACUGUGAAUGCUUCCAAGCGAAUAUCCUUUGCUCCAAAAACUGUAGAUGUAUGGACUGUAAGAACUUUGAAGGAAGUGAAGAAAGACGAGCUUUAGUUCAAGGGGACAAUACAUCUGAUAGAAAUAACAUUCAGCAAGCAGCUAAUACCGCUCUGAAUGGUGCCAUCGGAUCCUCAGGGUACAAAUGUUCUCCAGCGCGUAGAAAAAUAUCUCAAGAAGAUUCACUAUCAGAAAUGCAAUUUCAACAGGUGAAUCUUUCAGAUGUUUCACAGCUUACACCUUCUUGCACAGGAUUUGGAGGGCAUAACGGUUGUUAUUCCCAAAGUAAUUCGUCUAAAAUGAUUUACAGGUCUCCACUAGCAAACACUAUCCAUCUUAGUGAUGUCAAUGAUCUAGUCAAGCAUGUGGUGAUUGCAUGCAGAAAGGCAGCAGAAGCAUUUCCCACAAUAGCUGACAAUAAAGGGGUGGAGGUGGAAGUUGAGAAGGAAUUUCAUGCAAAUUAUGGCUUAAAUAAUAAUAGGAGCAAAGUGCAAGACUUGAAGGAAGCUUCUCCAAUGGACAUCCAUAGCAAAGCCUGUACAGAUCAGCAUAAUGUUGAUCCCAGGCCUGCAUCUCCAGGAACACAAGCACUAAUGUGUGAUGAGCAAGACACUUCGUUUGGAAAUGAUAUUUAUAGAAGUUCAUUUGCGGCGACGUCAUGUGAUAAGAAUAUUUCCGAGAUAAAUGCUUUGCAAGAAAACCUAGUAUUGACAGGGUUCCGGGACUACCUCCGUGUUCUUAUCACACGUGGAAAAAUAAAUGAAGCCAAAUCUUCAUCAGAGGCAGCCAUGGAGCUGAAUGCCCAGAGGUAUCAUGGAGCAACACCUGUUUUCCACCCUGUAAAAGCUGAAGAAAAUUAUAUUUCUUCUAAUGGUCCUGAAACCCUUAGGAAUACUGGAAUGCCUGUACCAAAUGAUGAACAAAAGUAAAGAGUCGAAGUUAAGACUAGGUACAAAUUUUAGCUGCUUCAAGUCGCCAUGUUAUAAAUGAUCACCUCUGUGCAUAGAUGGAUAAAGAUAGAUAAUAUAGUCCCUCUUGCCAUUCUGGCAACUGGUGUUGUAAGAGCAAUCAUUCAUGAGGUGUAGCCAGCAACGAUUUUCCUGCUACUCAUGCAUUUGUUAAUUUAAUCAACUGUAUGUUGUUUUACCUUGAGCAGUGGGAUAUUGUGAAAAAGCUGAUGCUCAUUUGUUAUGUACUAUCCAUAAUAUUCUUCAGAAUAUGUAGCGGGGUCUAUAUGCAUAGAUUUGAUUA